UCGGAUGGUCGCCUGGCGAGUCACGACUGGCGGAUUGGGCACGAGACGAACCGGCCCUUCAACGCCCGUGUGAAUCGUAGGUUAAUUUCCCUUCGCAAGUCUCCGCACAUGAUCAACAGACAAACCUCUGGCCUACCCAUAAGUACACACCCGAGCCGGUCCGUCCUGCAGGUGAGUGGUGAGUGAGCUUAUUCCCAGCAGCUAGCUAGCUCGAACGUGCGUCGAUCGACCAUGGCGAGCAGCAGCAGCCGGCUGGCUGGCGUAGCGCCGCUGCUGCUGACGGCCGUGCUGUGCCUGCAGCUGCCGACGGUGAGCCGCGCGCAGCUCCAGGUCGGGUUCUACGAGAAGACCUGCCCCGACGCCGAGACGCUUGUCCGGCAGGCCGUCGCGGCGGCGUUUGCCAAGAACAACGGCAUCGCCGCUGGACUCAUCCGCCUCCAUUUCCAUGACUGCUUCGUCCGGGGUUGUGACGCCUCAGUGUUGUUGGUGUCUGCGAACGGAAUGGCAGAGCGAGACGCUAUGCCGAACAAGCCGAGCCUGCGGGGCUUUGAGGUGAUCGACGCUGCCAAGGCCGCUGUCGAGAAGAGUUGUCCACUCACGGUCUCCUGCGCCGACAUCAUAGCCUUUGCGGCCCGCGACAGCAUCAACCUGACCGGCCAAAUCGUGUACCAGGUCCCCUCCGGUCGCCGUGAUGGCAACAUCUCCCUCAUGAAGGACGCCGACGAAAAUCUUCCCCUGCCCACCUUCACCUUGCAGCAGCUCAUCCACCUCUUCGCCAAAAAGACCCUCACUGCAGAGGAGAUGGUCACCCUCGUAGGCGCACACACCAUCGGCCGUUCCUUCUGCUCCUCCUUCCUCUCCCGCAUCUGGAACAACACCAAUCCCAUUGUGGAUGAGGGGCUGAGCUCGGGGUACGCCAAGCUAUUGCGGUCCUUGUGCCCUUCAACCCCGAACAAUUCGACGACGACAGUGAUCGACCCGAGCACACCGACAGUGCUUGACAACAACUACUACAAGCUGCUGCCGCUCAACCUGGGCCUCUUCUUCUCCGACAACCAGUUGCGGACCAACGCCGCGCUCAACGCCUCCGUGAACACCUUCGCGGACAGUGAAGCACUCUGGAAUGAGAAGUUCUGGAAGGGCAUGAUCAAGAUGGGGAACAUCGAGGUCCUCACGGGGACCCAGGGGGAGAUCCGCCUGAACUGCAGUGUCGUCAACAAGAUCACUGGGAUGGAGAUGGCGCACUAUUACUCGGGAUCCGCCUCCUCCGUUGAUGAGAUCGUGACGAGCUGAUGUGAUGUAUGCACUGCUUCCAAUGUUAACUUAAGAUUGAUCAUCGUUUGUGUUGCAUGUUUUAGGAUGUACGGGCCAUGUGUGCAUGUAAAACUGUGUGGUUUUGUUUGAGAUUUUAUGUUCAUGGUGGUGUGCCUAUAUUAUCCAUACCGGUGAAUAAAAUCAUCUGGUAUACAGCUCGGGCCUUCUUUCUUUUA